ACCACCAGUGCAGCAGAAACAUCUACAACAACAGAGACUUCCACAAUCACAACAACUGCUCCUGAAACAUCCACUACAAGUGCAGCAGAAACAUCUACAACAACAGAGACUUCCACAAUCACAACAACUGCUCCUGAAACAUCAACCACUAGUGCAGCAGAAACAUCUACAACAACAGAGACUACCACAAUCACAACAACUGCUCCUGAAACAUCAACCACUAGUGCAGCAGAAACAUCUACAAUAACAGAGACUACCACAAUAAAAACAACUGCUCCUGAAACAUUAACCACUAGUGCAGCAGAAACAUCUACAACAACAGAGACUUCCACAAUCACAACAACUGCUCCUGAAACAUCCACCACCAGUGCAGCAGAAACAUCUACAACAACAGAGACAUCCAAAAUCACAACAACUGCUCCUGAAACAUUAACCACUAGUGCAGCAGAAACAUCUACAACAACAGAGACUUCCACAAUCACAACAACUGCUCCUGAAACAUCAACCACAAGUGCAGCAGAAACAUCUACAACAACAGAGACAUCCAAAAUCACAACAACUGCUCCUGAAACAUUAACCACUAGUGCAGCAGAAACAUCUACAACAACAGAGACUUCCACAAUCACAACAACAGCUCCUGAAACAUCAACCACUAGUGCAGCAGAAACAUCUACAACAACAGAGACUACCACAAUCACAACAACUGCUCCUGAAACAUCUACAACAACAGAGACUUCCACAAUCACAACAACUGCUCCUGAAACAUCAACCACAAGUGCAGCAGAAACAUCUACAACAACAGAGACUUCCACAAUCACCACAACUGCUCCUGAAACAUCUACAACAACAGAGACUUCCACAAUCACAACAACUGCUCCUGAAAAAUCAACCACUAGUGAAGCAGAAACAUCUACAACAACAGAGACUUCCACAAUCACAACAACUGCUCCUGAAAAAUCAACCACUAGUGCAGCAGAAACAUCUACAACAACAGAGACUUCCACAAUCACAACAACAGCUCCUGAAACAUCUACAACAACAGAGACUUCCACAAUCACAACAACUGCUCCUGAAACAUCAACCACAAGUGCAGCAGAAACGUCUACAACAACAGAGACAUCCACAAUCACAACAACAGCUCCUGAAACAUCUACAACAACAGAGACUUCCACAAUCACAACAACAGCUCCUGAAACAUCUACAACAACAGAGACUUCCACAAUCACAACAACUGCUCCUGAAACAUCAACCACAAGUGCAGCAGAAACGUCUACAACAACAGAGACAUCCACAAUCACAACAACUGCUCCUGAAACAUCCACCACCAAUGCAGCAGAAACAUCCACAACAACAGAGGCUUCCACAAUCACAACAACUGCUCCUGAAACAUCAACCACUAGUGCAGCAGAAACAUCUAUACCUGAAACAUCCACUACAAGUGCAGCAGAAACAUCUACAACAACAGAGACUUCCACAAUCACAACAACUGCUCCUGAAACAUCAACCACUAGUGCAGCAGAAACAUCUACAACAACAGAGACUACCACAAUCACAACAACUGCUCCUGAAACAUCAACCACUAGUGCAGCAGAAACAUCUACAACAACAGAGACUACCACAAUAAAAACAACUGCUCCUGAAACAUCUACAACAACAGAGACUUCCACAAUCACAACAACUGCUCCUGAAACAUCAACCACCAGUGCAGCAGAAACAUCUACAACAACAGAGACUACACCAAUCACAACAACUGCUCCUGAAACAUCUACAACAACAGAGACUUCCACAAUCACAACAACUGCUCCUGAAACAUCAACCACUAGUGCAGCAGAAACAUCUACAACAACAGAGACUACCACAAUAAAAACAACUGCUCCUGAAACAUCUACAACAACAGAGACUUCCACAAUCACAACAACUGCUCCUGAAACAUCAACCACCAGUGCAACUUCCACAAUCACAACAACUGCUCCUGAAACAUCCACUACAAGUGCAGCAGAAACAUCUACAACAACAAAGACUUCCACAAUCACAACAACUGCUCCUGAAACAUCAACCACUAGUGCAGCAGAAACAUCUACAACAACAGAGACUACCACAAUCACAACAACUGCUCCUGAAACAUCAACCACUAGUGCAGCAGAAACAUCUACAACAACAGAGACUACCACAAUAAAAACAACUGCUCCUGAAACAUCUACAACAACAGAGACUUCCACAAUCACAACAACUGCUCCUGAAACAUCAACCACCAGUGCAGCAGAAACAUCUACAACAACAGAGACUACACCAAUCACAACAACUUGCAGCAGAAACAUCUACAAUGGAGACAUCCACAGUCACAACAACUGCUCCUGA